AACGCACUCUGGGUGGAGUUGCUCCGUUUCACCUGGAUUUAAUCAAUUUUUCAUUUCAAUUACUCUAAGCGUACAACUCGAUACUCAAUAAAUCCAGAAAGCGCGAUUCUGAGAAGUCAAUGGCGGGCGAUACUGGGGACUUCGAAGACCAGAAGAGGCUCAGGCGAUUGAACAUUUGUAUGGUAUCUGACUUCUUCUAUCCCAAUAUUGGUGGAGUGGAGGCUCAUAUAUAUCAAUUGAGUCAAUGCUUGAUUGAUCGAGGACACAGAGUUAUUGUUGUUACACAUUCCUAUGGGAACAGGAAGGGGAUUCGUCACAUGACCAAUGGACUCAAGGUCUAUUACCUACCAAUCCCAACUUUCUACAACCAAUGCGUUCUGCCUACAAUUCUCACAACAUUGCCAUUGAUGAGGUGCAUCUUCAUCAGGGAAAGGAUAGAUGUGGUCCAUGGUCAUUCUGCCUUUUCUACACUGGCCCACGAGGCCAUGUUGCAUGCAUCAUACAUGGGCAUCAAGACAGUUUUCACAGACCAUUCUCUGUUUGGCUUUGCGGAUGCAUCAGCCAUUGUGACAAACAAUUUCCUUUGCAUCUCCCUCGUCAAUGUGGACCACUGCAUUUGUGUCUCUCACACUGGGAAAGAGAACACAGUGCUUCGUGCCAGAGUCAGAUCCAGUCAUGUUUCAGUGAUUCCAAAUGCAGUUGACACCAGCAUAUUCAAGCCAGAUCCAUCACAGAGAAACCCCAACAAAAUCACCAUUGUCACAAUGUCUCGAUUGGUGUAUCGGAAAGGAAUUGAUCUUCUGGCAGAUGUCAUUCCUCCAAUAUGUGAAGCAUUCCCUCAGGUUGAGUUCCUUGUUGGUGGAGAUGGACCAAAACGGCUGCUUCUUGAGGAAUUGAGAGAAAAGUAUGCAUUGCAAGAAAGAGUCACUCUACUGGGUUCAGUUGACCACUGUCAAGUAAGGGAUCUUCUCAUCAAAGGACACAUCUUUCUCAAUACAUCACUCACAGAAGCAUUCUGUGUUGCCAUUUUGGAAGCCACUGCUUGUGGCUUGCAGGUUGUGACAACAUGCGUAGGAGGAAUUCCUGAAGUCCUGCCUCCUCAUCUGAUCACUCUAGCUCAGCCCAACUCCAAAGCUUUGAUAGAUGCCUUGAAGACUGUGAUAGAGAGGGUAGAGGGAGGAGAAACUCUGAAUGAAUGGGAGAUGCAUCGUCAAGUAAAGUCCAUGUACCAAUGGACAGACAUAGCUGAACGAACUGAAAAGGUUUAUUUUGCCAUCAUUAGUGACAGCCACCCUCAAAUGACCCUCAAACAAAGGCUGAGCAGAUGCCUGAAAGUUGGACCCUAUGCAGGGAAAUUUUAUUUAUUGGUCAUCCUCCUUGCUCAGGUCAUCUGUCGCCUAUUGGAAGUCUUUGCUCCUCCUAGUUCCAUAGAUAUUGUUCCGCAUGUUGGAGAGCCACCUUGAGGGUGAUGAGAUCUUUCUCCUAUGAAUAGAUCAAACAUGGCGACAAGUACUCUUGCAGGAGUGGUCAUGCAACAUCACCAAACUAUGGACACCAUCCUUUAUCAGUAAGGAGAUGAUGACUGGCUUCACGGCAGUUGACAUUUCUGUUUCAAGUGCACCCAGAGACAGGCCAAGUGAACCACCAUUUAUGAGAGUACUGGGUUAGAGACUUAAAAUGAAUUUCAGUAGAGUAUAAGGCCUGAAAGAUCAUGAAGUGACUAAAAAGGAACCAGAAAUGAUCUGCUGAAAUUAUUAUUCUGAAUGAAUAAUUCAUACACAAGCUAGGAUAGUUUCACAAUCAAAUUAAUCCUCUCAUUUGCUCAAUACUGAAACCAGAUAACUCUUUUCUUCGAAAUAGUAGUUUCAUGGUCGCCAACAAUAAUGGGGUGACAAAGCAACAAGUGCUGAAGUUAUACGCUUGUCUGGACGUGCAGAAUCUCAAGCAAUCCCUUUCAUCUGAUCUGUAUGAUUUACCUCAAUAAAACGAGAG